ACGACAGCUACGACGACAACCGGUGCCAGUUCGAGAUGAGUUUGCAGGAAUUUGAAAACAACGCGUCCCCGGUGCGGGAUUUCUACCGGGACAAGACGGUGCUGCUCACCGGUGGCAGUGGUUUUCUGGGAAAAUUGUUCAUCGAAAAAUGGGUUAAGUGUGGUGUGCGCGAGAUUCUGCUGCUUCUCCGGUCGAAGAAGGGCAUCAAUCCGGAGGAUCGCCUGAAGGCGCUGCUCAAGAAGGAGGCUGUGUUUGUGAACUACGCUGCCCAGCCGGACCUGUACCUUGGGCGAAUGAAGGUGAUCGAGGGGGACAUCAGCAAACCGGGGCUGGCGAUCAGCAACGAUGACCUGGAGUACAUUCACAGCCACGUGAACAUCAUCCUGCACUCGGCCGCCGACGUGCGGUUCGACGAGUCGCUCAAGGAGUCGGUGGAAACGAAUGUCCGCGGCACGGAGCAUCUCUUGAGGAUCGCCGAACGGUGCACCCGGCUCGAGGUGUUCGUCCACGUGUCGAGUGCGUUUUCGCAGUGCGUGCACCAGCACGUGGAGGAGAAGUUCUACCCCGCGAACAUCGAUCCAGCUCAAUUGAUCGCGCUGAUCGAGCAGGAACCACAUCUCGACGAGUUCGAGGCGGUCUCGAAGAAGAUCGUCGAGCCGUGGCCCAAUACGUAUGCGUUCACCAAGUCGCUGGCAGAGGAGGUAGCGCGCCGGUACAAGACCAAACUGCCGGUGGCGAUCGUUCGCCCAUCGAUAGUAACCUCCACGUACAGCGACCCCAUAGCGGGCUGGUCGGAUAACUUCUACGGCUUCAACGGUGUGGUGGUCGGUGCCGGGACGGGUGUGCUGCGGAUCUUUCACAUCCACGACGAGUACAAGGCGAACAUCAUCCCGGCGGACAUCGUCAUCAACGCAACGCUCGCCGCGGCCCGGCACGCGGCCAACAACCCGGACGACGAGAACGUGUUCAACUGUACGAUGGACGAAAACUUCACCACGUGGGGUGACAUCCGGAACGAUUGCAUGUCUCAGAAGGGUGUAGUGGCGGCCAAAAAGUCGCUCUGGAUCCCGACCUACAACACGACCCGCUACCAAUACGUUGCGAGCGUGCUGCAGAUCUUCUACCAUCUGAUCCCGGCCAUGCUGUUUGACCUGCUGAUGCGCCUGCGAGGAGAUCGUCCCCAGAUACUGCGCCUGUACCGGAAGGUUCACCGCUUCUCGGACGUGCUGCGCUUCUUCACCAACAACCCGUUUCAGUUCGACACCGGACGCAUGCGGCACGUGGUCGACCGGCUGUCGAUCGUCGAUCGGUACCUCUUCCCGUGCGACAUGCGCUCGGUCGUGUGGAGCAAGUUCGGAGUGGACCAUGUGCGAGGCUGCCGGGUGCAUCUGCUGGGCGAACCGAUGGAAACGAACGAUGAAGCGAUGAAGCUCUACAAACGUCGCCUGAUCGCCCAUCGGUGUCUGCUCGGCGUGAUCUACUUGACGUUCGCGAUGGUGGCGUUGAAGCUCCUGGCAGCGGUCGGUGUGCCCGAUCUGAGAGUCUUUUUGGGCUGCACCGGACUAGCCUAACGGAGUGUCGUUUCGAAAA